CGAAUUGUUUGUAGAGAAACCAUCCUCGUAAAAUCAAACAUCUGAGGAAGCGCGAGAAUUGACUUUGAAUUGUGAUCCCUCAAUUUCGAUAUCUUCAUCGCGAUUGCGUAAGCGAUUCGGCAGAGACCGCUCGAAAGUGCCUGAACUGAAGGCGCCAACGACGCUGUUAACAGAGAAGAAGCCGCUAAUAAAGCGAUUGCAUCAGCGAUAAAGACUGCCGACCUCUGCAAGAAUCUAAUUUUCGAACGAGUUUCAAAUCGACAUAAUGGCAGUAUUCGGCAUCAGAUUGUGCCUGCCUGUUUUUUUCGCCUGUGUUGUCAGCAUGUCAAUCGUCCAAGGCCGGAAUCUGAGACGACGACACAACCAUCAUUCUCAUUCGGAUUAUUAUCCGAAUUUCGAGGAAUCGAUGCCGCGCGAUUUGUCGAGACGCUUGGAGGACGAUCUGGAGUACCAGCAGGAUCUCUACAGGAGACAGAUGGAAAGGCGUGACUCGUCCCGAGUUCUCGAUCGUUCCGCGAAAUAUGAGGAGCGUAUACCGUCGUCUCAUCGAUACAAACAUGUGUACGAUCCAAAGAAUUAUGCCGAGUCCUUACAGCGAAAGGAUGAAAUACGCAGGCAAGAGGACAUUAUCGAGGAUGCCUCGACGAAGUUUGUCGUCCGCGGGAAACGUCACAACGGACAUAGCGGCACGGUGAACUAUCAGAUUUUUAGCGCCCAGGACAAGUGGGAUCUGGAGCAGCAGAUCAAACAGCACACCAGCACAAACAGCGGUCUUCGUGCGUCUUUCGAGCUAGAGGUGAAGGAGGCGCAGAACAGCUCAAUCUGCAACUACACCGUGGAGUCGAUACCCGAUAUCCGGGGCACCCGGACGCCGAAGAACCUCCAGCACGUCAAGUGCAAUCACGCCGGUAGCAGCUGCCAGAACACCGGCACCUACUGCUGCAUACAGACAUACAGCUACAUCGAUGUGUCAUAUGGCAACGGUGAAAACAGAGAGAAGAUGAAGAUGAAGAUCUACGUGGGUUGCGUGUGCGCCCGUCGAGAGCUCAACGCUCUAGUGACUGAAUCAGUAUUACCCAUCGACGAUUGAUAUCGACGAGAAUGAAGAUUCGCUACGGUGACGAUGUGAUAAGGCGCGGCUAUCUCUUCAAGUUGAAUCAAAUAGAACGCGUCCUCGAAUAAGAGAGACAUUCCGUUGUCGUGGUCUACAAUCCGUAAAUGAACGGAUAUCUUUUUUUUUUCCUUUUUUUUUCUAUUUUUGCCUAGAAACUCAUUUGAACAUUGCUUCUAGUGACGCGCGAGUACCGGGAAUUUAACAGAUUUAUUCAAUGUUGACGUUCGAACGAUAGGAGAAGUAUCGUAUGGCGUAACGCCGUGCAGCCUCAUCUAAGAUAGGAAAAUCUAAGAAAUCGCUAUCGCGUGCAUUUAAUAUUUAUAGAUUCUCUUGGCUUUCGCGGUGUUGUUGCCAAACAAUGUGAUAAAACACGUAUUCGAUUCAUAACGUAAUCGCUCAGGUAGUGUUAAAUCCGGUCGCACGUGUACGUAUCACGUAUCCGAAUGCAAUUAUCAUCGCGCAUUCAUCACGUGCGCCGUUUAGAUAGAUAAUGAUUACGAAGUGAAUCACAAAUGCCCAUCGCGAUUGACGCACAUUAUCUGUUUAUCGUAUACACCAUAUCAUCUAUUUAUUCUCGCCAGCAUCUAUUUAUUUAUUUAUAUUUAUUUAUUUAUUUAUUUAAGUAUUUAUCUAUCUAUAUGUAUGUAUUUAUUUUUUGCGAAUACGAUGUGCAUUGUACAAAGACUUUUUUGCGAUGUAUCGAAAAUAAUCUGAUUUAUUUCGCGCCGGAAGUAGGAGGAAACAUAGCGAGAUAAUUUCCAACGACAUAAUAUGUAUAAUUGGAAUUUACAUACUCGGCAUAAUUAGCUUACAUGAUAAUAAGAUAAUGCGACCAAUAUUUUUAUAGUAUAUAUCGAUCAAAAUAUGUAAGUGUUGGAACUUUGUAAUUUUUCUAUGCAAUCUUAGAUAAUAUUUUUGCAGCCUUUUAUAUACAUUUUAUAUGCACUAUUAAUAUAUAUACAUUAUUAUAUAUAUUAAUAUAUAUAUUAAUAUGUAUUUUUGUGUUUCAAUAAGAAAUAUGAACAGUCUAAAAUACCGAGCAUCGGUAUUAACUAUAAGCAUGCAUUUACAAAUUUAACGUACGUAUUAAAUUUAACGCGUACUUUUCUACUUCUAUAGAAUCGAUAGAAGAGGAGACAAACAGUAUUAAAAAAUAAAACUAUGUUUCCCUAA